ACAAGGGAAGGGGGCCCCUUCCGCGCAUGCGCACCCGGGGGAGGCGGACUCGCUGGCUCCUGCGCUGCUGGGGGGCGACGGAGGGCUGCCGCCGAGAGGAGUUCCCUGGAGCCCCAGCAUGGCCGAGAAGAGGCGCCUUGCUUUCUCCAUCAUCCAAUUCCUCCAGGACCAGCUGCAACAUGGCGGACUCUCAUCCGACGCCCAGGAGAGCCUGGAAGUCGCCAUCCAGUGCCUCGAGACAGCCUUUGGUGUCUCCACGGACGACCGCAGCCUUGCCUUGUCCCAGACCCUGCCGGAGAUUUUCGAAGCUGCUGCAGCAAACGAGCCGCAGCCAAGCCCACCCCCCUCAGAGCCAGUCACCCCCUCAGAAGAAGAGGCCGCAGAGGCAGAAAGGCUGAAGGCCGAAGGAAAUGAGCAGAUGAAGGCGGAAAACUUUGAAAGUGCCGUCUCCUUCUAUGGGAAAGCCAUUGAGCUGAAUCCGUCCAAUGCAGUUUACUAUUGCAAUCGGGCUGCUGCUUACAGCAAGCUGGGGAACUACACCGGGGCCGUCCGGGACUGCGAGCGAGCCAUCCACAUCGACCCCAAAUACAGCAAGGCCUAUGGCAGGAUGGGCUUAGCCCUGUCGAGCCUGAACAAACUCUCGGACGCCGUUGUCUACUACAGAAAAGCCCUGGAGCUCGACCCGGAUAACGAGACGUACAAGUCCAACCUCAAAGUCACGGAGCAGAAAAUGAAGGAGGCACCAAGCCCGACAGGGGGUGCUGGAGGCUUCGACUUAGCCGGCUUGCUCAACAACCCCGGGUUCAUGAGCAUGGCAUCGAACCUGAUGAACAAUCCGCAGGUACAGCAAUUGAUGUCUGGGAUGAUCUCGGGGGGCACCAACCCCAUGGCAGCGCCAGGAGCAAACGCGUCCCCCAAUGACCUCGCCAGCCUUAUCCAAGCGGGCCAGCAGUUUGCGCAGCAGAUGCAGCAGCAGAACCCGGAGCUCAUAGAGCAGUUGCGCAGCCAGAUCCGCAGCCGGACGCCCAGCGCCAGCAACGAGGAGCAGCAGGAAUGAGGCGGGUCGGAAGGGCUGCCCUUUGUCAGAAGAUGACCUCCUUCCUCUGCUGGACAGGAAAGAAGAUUUGAAACUGGAAAAGCCAUGUUUGUGAUGCUGUUUCUCCCACUCAUGGAGUGCAGGGGGGCGGGGAGCAGGAUGGGGGAAAUUGCGGGGGUUGGGUGGGGGACCCCCAAACCUGCAUGUUAGAGAGGCAGCCCCUCCCAUCUCCAAUAGUCUCCCCUUCCUCCUCCUCCUGCUCCUCCUCUUCUUUCCUCCUGCCCCCCUUGAGACCCCUGGGAAGAUCCACGACGGGCAUGACAGUUUUUAAAUCCCACUUUCUCCCCGGGCAAAUGCUAUGUUUCCAGGGAAGAAGCCUCACUCCAGAACCACGGCCUUCUCUGGUGACGGGAAGGGGGGGCACCAAACCUUCUCUUUUUCUUCAUUUUUACAAAAAAAACACCCCAAAAUGAUUUCUAUGGCCACCUCCCUGGGUUCUUGUCUUUGUUUCUUUCUCCCUUUGCCAAGCUCUUCUCUGGCGCCUUUGUCUGGGAUCUCUAGCACAGGGCAAAAACCACGGGGGGGGGGGGGGAGAGAUUUUUGCAUGGGAUCAUGUGUGUUUUGCAGGGUGGGUGGGGGGCCACGACUUUGGGAAAUUGCAGCGAAGGUGAAAAAUAGGAUAUUCUUUGCUUCCUCUCUUUCUUAAAAGAUCAUGGCGAUCUGCAUAGAUCUCUUUGCGGAGGGAGCGCAGGUUAGCAACGCCUCCCCCCCCCUUUUGGCUUCCAGAAGGUUUUUAAUUCAAAUACUGGGGGAGGGGAUUUAGGGGGGAUUCUUGCAUGUUUGUGAGCUGUUAGCAAAAGGAAAUUUAUUUUUUGGGGGGGCUGAGUUGGCUUUAGUGUAGAAAGGGUAUGUGAAUGCCCCCAGGGCAUCGCCCUUGAGCACCCCCACCCACCCCACGGAGGGUCGUCAUGAAUCCGGUGCCAAGAAAGUUGCUUUGCAAGGAGGGGGGGGGUCAGCCUCGAUAUUUUACUAGGUCUCUGGGAUAGAUGGACAGACGAGCUUCCUGCCCCCACCCCCAAUUCGAAUACAUGCGCACCCCCAAGCUGGAUAUCUAGAAA